GUCUCCCUCUCUCGAUCUCUCUCCAUCUUCAUUAUAACGGUUUGGCUCCGCCCUCCUACCUGUAAAUCUCCCCAACAAUCUGUGGAACAGAUCUGACUGACGGGCUGCACGGAUCAGCCGAGGAAAGUGAACGGGGACAGCGACAUGUCAUUGAGAGCGGAAUAAUCGCCCAAACGCCGAUAUUCGGUCAGGUUCUUCCAUCGAGCCGAGCACGACUACAAAGAUGAGCUUGGCUCCCAGCUGAAUACCAUUGAAGACAUUGAUUAAGUUGGCGUUUAUGUGCGAAAUAUCGAUUAGACAGCGCUGAGGCUACACUGUCGCUGGAUGGACGACAGAGACGUGCACAAGACGCGCGAAAAACACCUCAGAUAGCCGUUUACUUGUUUUUCUCUCACAAAUCCUCUAACAACAACAGAGACCGAACGAAUAUUUGCUCGAAGCUUCAUUUAUUUAUAAAAUAUGGAGAAGGAUGAGGAAAACCCUUCAGAAUGAAAAAUUAAGUCGUCAUUAAUGCGGAUUUAAAUGUCUCGCGCUGAGGGGAGCGGACGCGCGCUUUCUCCUCACGCUUUCCAGCGUUUCUCACACAAAAACGUCGCUCAGAAAUAUAAUUUCCACUGAAGAGACGUGGAUAGAAAAGCUGACCAGAAAGGAGAGGGAUAUUUAAAGCAAUAUGGCUGAUGGCUGGGGUUGGGGGCGCUGGCAGGAGCUCUCCAAAGCUUCUCAAUGCUAGCCGUGGCAGAUGGCAACGGAUCCUAUGGCAGCAGCAGCCGUAGAAUGAGCAGUAGUAACAUUUUUAAUAAAAAUCCGGACUCUUCUGUCUCUAUAUCGAAGAUGGACGUGAUCAUCCCCUUCUCGCCAGACGUACCCUGUGACAACAAUGGUCAGCGUAUGUGGUGGGCUUUCCUCGCCUCAUCCAUGGUGACGUUUUUCGGGGGUCUCUUCAUCAUUCUCAUGUGGAGGACCCUCAAGUACCUGUGGACCGUCUGCUGUCAUUGCAAAAUAAAAAAUAAGGAGGCACAGAAGGUGAAUAACCCUAUGAACAGUCUGUCUGAUGGAGCACCGAAGAUCGCGGGUGAAAAAGACGAGGUCCCAGCUAGUGAGGUGGGCUGGAUGACCUCAGUCAAAGACUGGGCGGGGGUCAUGAUCUCAGCACAGACCCUUACCGGCAGAGUAUUGGUGGUGUUGGUCUUUGCACUCAGCAUUGGCGCUCUUGGAAUAUACUUCAUAGACUCUUCAGAUCCUAUAGAAUCCUGUCAGAAUUUCUACAAAGACUUCACGUUACAAAUUGACAUGGCAUUCAACGUGUUCUUCUUACUCUACUUUGGCUUGCGUUUCAUAGCAGCCAAUGACAAGCUGUGGUUCUGGUUGGAGGUGAACUCCGUGGUGGACUUCUUCACGGUGCCGCCCGUGUUCGUGUCAGUGUAUCUGAACAGGAGCUGGCUGGGUCUGAGGUUUCUAAGAGCGUUGAGAUUGAUACAGUUCUCAGAAAUUUUACAGUUUUUGAAUAUCUUAAAAACAAGUAAUUCCAUCAAGCUGGUGAACCUGUGUUCCAUCUUCAUAAGCACAUGGCUCACUGCUGCAGGAUUCAUUCAUCUGGUGGAAAACUCAGGGGAUCCAUGGGAAAACUUCCAAAAUUCUCAACCGCUCUCAUAUUGGGAAUGUGUGUACUUAUUAAUGGUCACUAUGUCCACUGUGGGAUAUGGAGACGUCUAUGCAAGAACCACUCUCGGACGCCUUUUCAUGGUCUUCUUCAUUCUCGGUGGUCUGGCCAUGUUUGCCAGCUACGUCCCUGAAAUCAUAGAGUUAAUAGGAAACCGCAAGAAAUAUGGUGGUUCCUAUAGUGCGGUUAAUGGCAGAAAGCACAUUGUGGUUUGUGGUCACAUCACGCUCGAAAGUGUUUCCAACUUCCUUAAAGACUUCCUACACAAGGACAGGGAUGAUGUCAAUGUAGAAAUUGUUUUUCUUCAUAAUAUUUCCCCUAAUCUUGAGCUGGAAGCCUUGUUCAAACGUCACUUCACUCAGGUGGAAUUCUAUCAAGGAUCGGUACUCAACCCACAUGAUCUGGCUAGAGUCAAGAUCGAGUCAGCAGAUGCCUGCUUGAUUCUUGCAAACAAAUACUGUGCAGACCCUGACGCUGAAGAUGCCUCCAAUAUCAUGAGAGUCAUAUCUAUCAAGAACUACCACCCGAAGAUCAGAAUUAUCACUCAGAUGUUGCAGUACCACAACAAAGCCCAUCUGCUAAACAUUCCCAGCUGGAACUGGAAGGAGGGCGAUGAUGCGAUCUGCCUUGCCGAGCUUAAGGCGGGCUUCAUUGCCCAGAGCUGCCUGGCACAGGGCCUGUCCACCAUGCUCGCCAACCUCUUCUCCAUGAGAUCAUACAUUAAGAUCGAGGAGGACACAUGGCAGAAGUAUUAUCUGGAGGGAGUGGCUAAUGAAAUGUACACUGAAUACCUGUCCAAUGCCUUUGUGGGGCUUUCAUUUCCUGCAGUUUGUGAGCUGUGCUAUGUGAAGCUGAAGUUGCUGUUGAUCGCUAUUGAAUACAAGUCAGAGCAGAGGGAAAGCAGAAGCAGAAAGCGCAUUCUGAUCAACCCGGGAAAUCACGUCAAGAUGCAGGAGGGGACGCUGGGAUUCUUUAUCGCCAGCGAUGCCAAAGAGGUGAAAAGAGCUUUUUUCUACUGCAAAUCUUGUCAUGAUGACAUCACAGAUCCCAAAAGGAUAAAAAAGUGUGGCUGCAAGAGAACCAAGAUGUCCGUCUACAAGCGAAUGAAACUGGCAUGUUGUUUUGAUUGCGGGCGCUCUGAGCGCGACUGCUCGUGCAUGUCAGGCAGUGUACAUAGUAACAUGGACAGUCUUCAGAGGGAGUUCCCACUUUCUUCUGUCUCUAUUCAUGAUUGCUCAACCACUUUACGUGCCUUCGAAGAUGAGCAUCCGUCAACACUGUCACCCAAAAAGAAGCAGCGCAACGGAGGCAUGCGGAAUUCACCAAACUGCUCGCCCAAAAUGAUGAGGCACGACCCCCUGCUUAUUCCGGGAAACGAGCAGAAUGAAAGCGUGGAUUCUAGUGUGAAGAGAUACGACUCCACUGGGAUGUUUCACUGGUGUCCAGCCAAAGAAAUUGAGAAAGUCAUUCUGACACGCAGCGAGGCCUCCAUGACAGUUUUAAGUGGACAUGUAGUCGUCUGUAUAUUUGGAGAUGUCACGUCGGCCUUAGUGGGGCUUCGAAACCUGGUGAUGCCUUUGAGAGCCAGCAACUUCCAUUACCACGAGCUAAAGCCCAUCGUGUUCGUGGGGUCAUUAGACUAUCUGAGAAGAGAGUGGGAAACCCUUCACAACUUUCCCAAAGUCUCCAUUUUACCCGGUACGCCAUUAAGUCGAGCUGAUUUAAGGGCCGUCAACAUCAACCUCUGCGACAUGUGCGUUAUCCUGUCAGCCAAUCAAAACAAUAUCGACGAUGCUUCACUGCAGGACAAGGAAUGCAUCUUGGCAUCUCUUAACAUCAAAUCUAUGCAGUUUGAUGACAGCAUCGGAGUCUUGCAGGCUAAUUCUCAAGGUUUCACACCUCCCGGUAUGGACCGGUCAUCUCCAGAUAACAGUCCUGUGCAUGGCUUAGUGAGGCAGGCGUCCGUCACCACCGGAUCAAACAUCCCCAUCAUAACUGAACUUGCUAAGCCUGGCAAACUACUGCCUUUGGUUUCAUUCAAUCAGGAAAAAAACAGUGGAACCAACAUACAAAUGAUAACAGAACUGGUGAAAGACUCCAACGUUCAGUUUUUGGACCAAGACGAUGAUGAUGACCCAGAUACGGAGCUGUAUCUGACCCAGCCGUUCGCCUGAGGUACAGCGUUUGCCAUCAGCGUGUUGGACUCCCUGAUGAGUGCGACAUACUUCAACGAUAAUAUCCUCACCCUGAUCCGGACGCUGGUCACGGGAGGAGCCACCCCGGAGCUGGAGGCCCUGUUGGCAGAGGAGAACGCUCUGAGAGGUGGCUACAGCA